AGAGCCUCGCUUUGUAUCUCUUUUAUUAGCAUUUUCGCUGCCCUUCUCUCGAACCACCACGCAUCACCGGGGGCGUCUCUAUCUUCGGUUUAUCUCCUCUUGUCCCCGACGCACUUCUUCGUCUGUUGCCAUUAAACCGCGUAUUGAAAGAAAUUCUUUAAUCCUACCACUCCACUAUAAUAGUCGUCGCCUCUUUUCUUCUUCUCUUUUCUUUUGCGUUUCAUUACUGUUUGUAGUCUUCUACAACGCUAAUUAUAUUCUCGCUACGUCCUCAACGCCGCUACAGCUCUCCGUCUCUUCCUCCCUCUCCCACUCCUCCUCUCGCUAGUACACCAGGCACAACCACCAACCCCAUCCCGCCUCCGCAGCAUUCCUUGUUCUCCAGACGAGGAACAACAGCUCGCAAGAUUCACCGUUCCUUUGUGAUUCUCUGUGUGGCCGAGAACCACAGAACAGCAAACCAUAAAGACAGCCAUUUUCGUGAAUUACAAUGGUGGGCCCGGAGGCUACCCAACCCACUCGCGAGGAUGUGGAGGAUGCAGAGGCCACCAAAGCAUGGCCGAUGCUCCCGCGGCGCCGGUGGACACGGCGGUGCGCUACGUCCACCCCGAGGCGGCCCGCUUCUUCGCUUCCUGCCCGUGGGCGCGCCAGAUCCCCAUCUUCGGCGAGGCCGUGGAAGGCUUCGGAUGGCGGAUGGUGAUCGCGCUGGGUGGCAGCUACCUCUUCUGUAAGGGCAUCGCAGAUCAGAUUCUCACCAAUCAAACCUUCGCCAUGAUGAGGGUCCGUUACGGCAUCUCGGCGGACAGGUACCAGCGUCUCUACCCCAUCUCGACGAUGGGCUGGUCCAUCAAGGCGUUCAGCGCCAUGAUGUGCGACGGCUUCGCCUUCCUCGGCUACACGAAGCGCUGGUACAUGUUCGUGUCGUGCGUGGCCGGUGCCGUGUUCGCGCUUGUGUACGGCCUGCUGCCCGCCAAGGCGAGCUCCGCCGAUACCGCUGCCGCCUUCAUCUUCCUGUCGUGCUACGGUAAGGCGAACGUGGACAUCCUGUCGGAGGGCCACUACAGCCGCCUCAUGCGCGGUAACCCCAAGCCCGGUCCCGCGCUGAUUGGUUGCAUAUGGUGGAUGAUUAUGGUCGGUGCAAUCAUUGCCACGGUGAUGAACGGUCCGCUGGCCGACCUGGGCAAGCCGCAGAUCAGCAUCUUCGUGUCUGCCGCCCUGCAGUUCCUCACAGCCUUCAUCUUCCUGUUCAACUGGUACGGCGAGAAGAAGAACCGCGUGCAGCGCUCCGAGGAUGCGCUGUACAUGCUGGAGGAGACCCGCAAGGAGCGCGAGCGGCUUGGCCUGGCGACGGGUGCGGACGACCUCGGUGUGAACGCGCCGGCCCCUGAAAAGAAGCCGUACCCGGAGCACUCCAGCGCGGAGGACGCGGAGGCGGCGGUGCAGGACGCGCUUGGGGACGAGCUCGUGCAGAGCCACUACAGCGAGGAGGACAACGGUGACGACGAGGCGGAGGUGUACUACGGUGAGCCGCCCGUUCCCUGCCUGUUCGGCGUCUUCGAGAUGAACAAGGAGGUGAUCUCGGACAACUGGCGCAUCUUUGCCUACUCGAUCGUCAUCACGUGUGCGGUGGUGGCCAUGCUGUGCGGCAACAUCCUGGCCGACACCCUCGGCCUGCUCAUCAUCUGCGUCGUCGUGUCGACCAUCUGCUGCUCCCUCUCCUUCUGGGCCCUGCCGUCCAUCAUCGCCCGCACAAAUGUUUUUGCCUACCUCAACACGGUGGUGUACAUCCACGCUGUGAGUCCGUUGCAGACCUUUUACAUGAACUCCAACAAAUGCAAAGGCGACUUUCCGAACUUCACCUUCACCUUCUAUAGCACGAUUGCAGGCGUCAUCGGCAACAUCGCUGGCCUGGUUGGUGUGGCCGCCUUCAAGUACCUCUUCUCCAAGCAGAACUACCAGGUGACGUACGUUGUGACGACGGUGUUGCAGGUGCUCGGUGCCAUCUUCGAUAUCAUCAUGGUGAAGCGGUGGAACGAGUACAUCGGCGUUCCGGACCACGCCAUGUACAUCUGGGGUGAUGCCGUUGUGCAGCAGAUCGUGUACAUGCUCGGCUUCAUGCCGCUUGUGGUCUUGAUGUCGCGCCUGUGCCCCCGCGGGUCGGAGAGCGUGGUGUACGCGCUGAUGGCCGGCUUCUCCAACCUCGGCCAGACCACGGCGUCGUCCAUUGCGGCCAUCAUCAUGGAGUACGGCUGGCCCGUCUUCGCGGAAAACGACAAGUGCAACUAUGAGAAUCUGCCGUGGCUGGUUUUCGUCUGCAGCGUCAUGACCCCGCUGCUGGCGAUCCCGCUGAGCUUCAUGCUGCCCAUCGCCCGCAUCAUCGAUGACGUCGACAUCGACGGCAACGUGGUGCGCGCACAGGUGGACAAGAAGGUGGUGGCGGAGGAGGUGCUGACGGAGCACACGGACAGUGAGCGAGGGCCGCUGAGCGAGACUCGUGAGGGAAAGGAGUAG